UGUAGGUUUAUCGUUGCAAAUACAAAAGACUUGGCCAAACGAAAAACUCUGCUUCUUUUUUUCUUCAGUCUUUAGUAUCUCAACUUCUCAAACAACACAAACGAAAUGACGCACAGAGCCGGAUAAUAAAAGUCGUUCCUUUUAUACUUAGAGCAGCUACACGAGGACUGUAUCAACACGCGCAUCACUCGCCCAAGGUUGAAGAAGAAGAAGGGCGAGAAUGUAAUUAUCCAUAAAUGCUUUGUAGUUACGCAGCUGAGUUAUUACACUUGUUCCCGAAGUAAACUGCAAUCUGGGGACUACCCACUCCAAACUUUCUCACCCUUCUUUAAUUGUUUAUUUAUUAUCAUUUCCCAGUUCUGUUCAUUCUUAAUUGGGUGGCAAUUUGUUACCACAAAGUUUUGAUUUGUUUUCCUGGGCUCUGUAUCAGAAAAUGGAGUUAGUUUCUUUUUUUGUAUGUAAAAGUAAAUAUCCAACGGCUGUAGAAGAACGGUGCGCCAUUUGAAUUUCGGAGAUUCGUUUGCAGUUUUUUAGUUUAAAAUAAUACUAAAGAAUAUUGUUUCUCUCUCUCUCUCUCUCUUCGUCGUCACUGAAACUAAACCACCGAAGAGCCUCACCGAUGCUCUCUAGUCUCUAGCGAGAUUGCCAAUGAAAAGCAUCUUUAGCUAAUCCUGUCACUGAAUCAUUCACGGUAGUGUGGAUUUGAGAUCAAGUUCAUUUACUUGCAAGGUGAGUUCCAGAUCUGGUUUCGGUAAUUUUAAAUUUCUGGAGUUUUCUUCGUAUUGCAAUUUUGGGUGAUUUUAAGGUGUUUUGAAUUGUGGUUUUGGACAUCAUGGGAAAGCCUGCAAGGUGGUUAAAAAGUGUUUUACUUGGAAAGAAACCAUCUAAAUCCAGUGGUUCUAAAGACAAGGAGAGAGUUGUGAAUGGAAACGAGGUAGUGGUUAUUUCAAGGAUCGAAGAGUCUGAUGUGGUUUCGGAUCUUCCAUCCUUUGGAGAUGCAACAGUCCAUACCAGUGGUAUGGUAGAGACACAGAGUAUAGAACAUGAAGAGGUUUCGGGCAAAGAUAUACAACUUCCUGAUGUCCAGCCAACAGAUUCUCCGACCGCUGCUUCUGUUCCUGAUGAUUCGCUAUCCGAAUCAGACAAGAUUCAGCAAGAGAUUGCAGCGACAACUGUGCAGGCUGCCUUUAGAGGCUACUUGGCUCGACGUGCUUUCUGGGCAUUAACAGGUAUAAUAAGGCUACAAGCACUUAUCCGUGGUCACAUGGUUCGGAGGCAAGCUGUUUCGACUCUGUGCUGUGUUAUGGGAAUUGUCAGAUUGCAAGCACUUGCUCGAGGAAGAGAGAUCAGACAUUCUGAUAUUGGAGUUGAAGUUCAUAGGAAAUGCCGUUUGAAUCAUCAGCAUUCAGAGAAUAAACUCGCUGAGGACUCUGUUGUGGACACACACACUUACCUUGGAAUCAAGAAGCUAACUGCAAAUGCUUUUGCUCAGAAGCUUCUAGCUUCAUCUCCAAAUGUGAUGCCUGUUCACCUCGACAACGAUUCUUCUUCCAACUUAAUCUGGUUAGAGAACUGGUCAGCAUCUUGCUUCUGGAAACCAGUUCCUCAACCCAAGAAAACAUCAGUCAGGAAAACUCAGAAGAAGUUUGCCAGCAACUCUCAGAUGGUCGAGGGCGAUUUUGCUAGACCGAAGAAGAGUGUUCGCAAAUCCCCUACUUCAAGUCUCGACAAUCCCUCGGCUGCACAGACACCAUUUGAGUUCGAGAAACCCAAACGCAGCUUCCGCAAAGUUUCAACGAGCCAAACAGUAGAACUACAAGCAGCAGCAGAAAAUCCGCAAGUUGAUCUAGAGAAAGUGAAACGUGGCUUGAGGAAAGUACAUAACCCUGUAGUUGAGAACUCUAUCCAGCCUCAACCGGUUCCACAGAAGGAGACUGAGAAGCCAGCUCCGGUUUUAGAAGGACCUGUGAAUGCCUUUGAUGAAAAGACUGUGGUGGCUGAGACUGUGGUGGAACUGCCUGAGGAGUUAGUCCACACUCAUGGACCAUUGGAAACCAAUGAAGCACUUGAUGCCACAUUGGUCAACAAAAUCGAAGAGAGCCAAGAAAACGUAACGACUGAGGAAAAAGAAGAGAGAACUCCCAAACAGAGCAACAAGGAGAAUUCAGCUGGGAAGGAGAAUCAGAAAUCGGGGAAAAGGGUUUCUUCAGUUGCCACUACUCAUACCGUCGAGUGUCAAGAGAGUAGUAAUGGGAAUCAGACUAAUAGCCCGGGGAUACCGAGCUAUAUGCAAGCGACUAAAUCCGCAAAAGCAAAGCUGAGGCUACAAGGCUCGUCUUCCCCUAAGCAACAAGGAGCUGAGAAGGCCACUAGACGCUACUCGCUACCAUCGUCAGGUAAUAAUGCAAGAGUCACUUCUGAUUCUCCUAAAACAACAAGAGUCUCAAACUCAGGUGGCAAAACCGGGAAGAAGACGGAGAAACCUCUUCUUUCAUCACGGGAAGGCAACGGGAAAACAACUCCGGUCGAGUGGAAGAGAUGAUUGAUCAUCUGGUUAAAAAAAAAGACGAGGCAUUUGAUGUUUCUCACUUCACAUGUUUUACUAUCUAUCUAUAUUAAGAGUAUGUGUUUGUGUUUGUAUUGAGAAUGUACAUCAUAGGUUUGUUUUUUGAGGUGUGGAAAGUUCAUUUUUCUGUUUUCAUCGUACAUUACUUCGAUUACCGUAAAACCAACUUUAGAUGUUUAUGAGAUAUGUAAUGAUCCUCCACUUUCUCUUUUAUAAAAACGGUUUCAUAAUGUUCAUGAUAAGUUAGUUAUAGU